CGUACAACAACUUGAGGUCUGCUGAACUUACCGCUUCGUUAACGUUAGCCGUAUUUUGUUCGCAUAAUUACAAUGUUUUUGGGAGCGUAUAUUUUUGUGCUUGUAUGCCAAUCCACUGUGUGAAUUCCCGCGAUCGAUCAGCAUAAUCAGGGUUAAAAUUCAAUAAUGUUAUCAGACCGAAUCAAUGAGCAGUGAAGUCACUAAUGUUUUUGUAGUUUUCCGCGCUAGUUCACGAGUAAUCCUUAAUUAUAAAUUUAGUUUCCUUCAUAUAUCUAUAAAUCAGCACAGUAAGCCCAUUGCCAGAGAUGUGGCCCGUCCAGCUGUUAUAUUGGUUUAUUGCUCUGUUAUAUGUCUCGAGUAUGGAAACUAAAAUUUCUUCUGUUCGCGACCGAAAAUCGAACACAAGCGGGGAAUCCUUAUUUCCGGUUGCAGCCAGACUUCGGCAACAAAAUACGUCUACACCGAAUCCUGCGCCGGCGCAGCAUAUGUCUGUAUUCGACAAUUCAGGUAUGCAGAACUUCGAAGCGUCUGACAACGUCAGAACUGGACCUGCUGGCAGUCAAGAUAACCGGAACAAAGAGCCAGCUUUCCGAAAUUCUGGAGCCGGCUCCGAAAAGAAUGGCGUACUGCACCCGCAAUGGUGCCAGUGUACAGUUCGAACGGUGUGGUGCUGUACCUGGUCCUAAUCGACUAGAAUAUUAUUUAUGUCACAAUCUACCAGCAAGCUGCACAAAUUACUAACAACUAGUGCUUUCAGAAAGUAUAUAUGGGAUUUAUCCUUUUAUAGUUCAUACUACUCUAUUCUGCAAUACAAUUGUACCUUGCUGUGUAAGUCUAUAUUAUAUAUAGAAUUAAUAGUAAUACCAUUUGUGCUUGUGCUUAAGUAUCUGCACCAGAAAUUACGAACUGUGUUUCCUUGUGCACUAUGUUGUCUUGCUGUGGGUUGGCAAAAAUGACGUUCACCGGAAAUACCAGCUAUUCCCAGGUGUGUCACGGAUGUGUUCUGAAAAUGAUUGCAAAUGUGGCUUGGGAGGUUAUUUACGCAUAAAGAACAUU